GGAAACAAAACAUACACGACAAUGGAGUGGGAUAGGUUUAUUGAGUUUUAUUUUGAGUUGGGCCUAAAAUACAAAGAUAUUAAAACAGUGCUUAGCAGUAAACAUAGGUUCGAGGUAAGUCAAAGACACCUAAAAAGAAUCUGCAGCGAAAGAGGGCUCUCUCGUCGCAAAGCGUAUUCAGAUGUAGCGGUCCUGGUUGAUUUCAUCAAGUACCAACUGCAAUACUCCGGACAACUUCACGGGUAUAGAUGGAUGUACGCGAAAUGCAGAGAAAGUGGACUACGGGUGAGGAAAGAGGAUGUGCGAAUGGCAUUGAAGGAACUGGAUCCGAGAGGAGUCGCAUUCAGGCAAGCAAGGCGCUUACGACGACGGAGGUACUUCUCCAAAGGGCCGAACUUCAUCUGGCACCUGGACUCAUAUGAUAAACUGAAGCCAUAUGGCUUCUGUAUCAACGGGAGCAUUGACGGGUUCUCCAGAAAGAUUAUCUGGCUCAACGCGUACACCACAAACAGUGACCCAAAGCUGAUUGGAGGCUAUUACAUCGAAGCAGUUCAACGUUUGGGGGGCUGCCCACGAAUUGUGAGGGGUGAUCCUGGCACUGAGAAUGGCCAUGUAAGAGACUUUCAGCGGUUACUUGUCCCUAUUCCUCCAGACGGCACCGUUGACAGUUACUUGGAGGGAGCCAGUACCGCCAACCAAAGAAUUGAAUCUUGGUGGGGUUUUCUACGCAGACAGUGUGUGGAGUUUUGGUUGUGUUUGUUUACAGACCUCAGAGAUAAUGGAUUAUAUGACGGCGGGUUUCUGGACAAGGCAAUCCUUCAGUUUUGUUGCAUGGGACUCAUCCAGGAUGAGUUGGAUGACACUGCACAGGUUUGGAAUACACACACCAUCAGACCGUCAAAAAACAUCAACGUCCCCAGUGGUCGGCCCAAUGUGAUGCAUACAUUACCUCAACUCUAUGGAACCAGAGACUUCCUUUCCCCCGUUGAUGAUGCAGUCCAACUGUGCAAAGAUGAAUGCGUCUUUCGCCUGUCAAUACCAUGUGAUCCAGAUGUGUAUAAACUGUGCCUUAUCUUUAUGGCAGAGUCCCAUCUGACUCCACCAGCUGAUCCAUAUCAGGCGGUGAGUUUGUACAUGCAUCUUAGACAGGUCAUCACUGAGUCUAUAUAAGGCAAAAUGCCAAUCCAGACCAUAACUCCUCCGAUUGACCUCAUGACCUCUAAAUGCUCCCCUUCUGAGUGUGCACCUGCAUCUGCAGUAUGUGUGUGGCCUUUAAUUUGAAAACUGCUUGACAAAACUAAUGUAUCUUCUGUUUGUGAUAAACAGCAGAUCAAUGUCUUCUUAUUUUGUAAGAAUUACAAAUUCAUUUCAUGUUUUCAUCACACAAAAUAAGAUUACUGCCACGAACAAGUUGAAAAACAUUUAUUGUAAGUUGACUAGAAACAACACAAAUGCCUUACAUUCUUGUAUAACUAUUUUGGUAACUGUUGUGGUACUGCAUUCUUUAUUCUGUAUGAAAUCCUGGCCUGCAACGCUGAAUAAAUGUAAAUUAUUCCUAAUCUAUAUGGUUUGUUCAUAAAGAUCAAUUGGGAACAUCACUGUCGCUUCAUGGUAAAUGCACACACAUUCUAUAAAAGUAACUGUGAUGUGACAAGGUAAUAAAACAGUGACGCUGUCACAGUGACAGUUAAGUAAUAUAAUGGAAAUAUUACAUAAUCAUUCUGAGGGCCAAUGGGCUUUAUACACAGCCCCACUACUUCCUGAUCCUAAAACAGCUCCUUUAUUUCCUGUCAUUCAUUACUGGAU